AUGGAGCCAUGGGUGAUGCUGGACCCGCGGCAGAAAGCCCUGUACCGGGAUGUGAUGCAGGAGAGUUACGAAACACUGAUGUCCCUCGGUAAGCAAACACACACAAAAAAAAAAUCCUCUUUCCUUCUUGAACAUUCCUCCCUUUAUUCCUUGCUCUUUUUGUGCCCCCCCCCGUGUCUCUGGUGGGGAAGCAAAGGGAUUGCAUGCAGGAUGGGAACAGCACAGGGGCUGGUGAGUGAAAAAGCAGCGGAGGAAGGAGCAGCAGCGGAGAGCUGCGAGGAGCUCGAAGCAUGCUCGUCCCGCAGCCCGGAGAGGGAGAAGACCCUCGGUUCAAACAGACGGAAAACGAAACGCCCGGAUAAAGCCGUGCCGCACGGCACCGCAAAGAUGCCCAAAGCUGCGGUGGUCCCCAAACUGGACUGUGCCAAACCCCUACGUGGGGCAGCCGGCAAAGGAACGGCAAGGGAACGGCCAUUCGGCUGCACUGAUUGCGGCAAGAGCUUCCCAUGGGCUUCGCACUUGGAGCGGCACCGGCGGGUGCACACCGGCGAGCGGCCUUUCGGCUGCCCCGAGUGUGGCGAGACUUACAGCCAGAGCUCCCCCCUCCUCCAGCAUCGCCGUACCCACGCCAGCGACCGGCCGCAUAAGUGCGGCGAUUGCGGCAAACGCUUUGCUGGCGCAGCUGAGCUGGCAGCACACGGUCGGGGCCAUGCUGCCGAGAAACCCCACAAAUGCGGCGACUGCG